CAGCAUCCCCCAACCCAUCACCACCACUCGCCACGAUGAAGCUAUCCUGGGGCGCCCUUGUCUCCUCGCUGUGCUGCUCGGCCGCCGCCGCAAAGACCGGCCAUGUCUUCGUCCACGACCCGGCGACGCGGACCUCGCCCCAGGCGUCGUCCCCGUCGCUCAAUGUGGGAGCCGCUGGACUGGUGCUCGCCCAGCGAGUCGGCCUGUCGCGCUUCUACACCAUCAACUACCAAGAUCCCGCGCUCGUCCAGCAGAUCAAUGUCCUGAGCGGCCCGCAGCAGAAGCUGUUUGGCGGAGAGGAUGCGGACAAGAGCCGGGCGCAUGUCUUGGUGUGGCUGGAGGACGUCGAGGACGCGACUGACAUCAUCAAGGACGCAUCGGCGUGGUCCUCCGACUUCACCAUCCCCUACCCCCCGUCGCCCUCGGACAACAACCUCCUGAUCGAAAACUUCAUAGUCCAGGCAGAGUCGCUGCCCAAGUACGCAGACGCCAAGGGGCGAACCUACUCGGCCGGCAUCGAGCUGGAAGCCGCCCUGUCGCCCCUCAAGAAGAUGACUUUCCACAACGAGUACCUCAGCAUCUUCCGCGCCGAUAAGAGCGACGCCUUCAGCCGCGACACCCUCGCCAAGAAGCUCAACUCGCUGCUCGCCUCCCAGGACCUCGCCAUCACCGUCGUCCUCAUGCCCCCCUCGUCCUCGCACACCAAGCGCGCCGCCACCCCCGACGGCACCUACCACCUUCCCUCCGCAUUCGCCGCCUCCCGCCGCGUGCCGUCCGAGAAGAUCCUCAGCCUUGACCCCGAGCCCUCGACAUCCCCCAACCCCAGAGUCCCAGACCUCGAGGAAUUCCCCACCGCCAUGGCCGCCAACAACACGCCUGUGCGCGGCAUCCUGCCCAGCUGCUUCAACACGCUGUCCAUCUGCCAGCAGCGGACGCAGAACUGCAGCAGCCACGGCGAGUGCAAGCUCCUGCACAAGGGCCGCGGCUCCGGCAAAGACGCCCAGUCCACCGACUGCUACGGCUGUGCCUGUGUGGCUACGACCACGUACCUGAGCGAGGACAAGGGCAAAGACGGCCCCAAGAAGGUCACGUACUGGGGCGGCCCAGCGUGCCAGAAGAAGGACAUUUCCGUCCAGUUCUGGCUGUUUGUCGCGACUGGAACCGUUCUGGCUUUCUUGAUCUCCAGCGGUAUUGGCAUGUUGUACUCUAUGGGCGCCGAGGAGUUGCCCAGCGUUAUUGGCGCGGGUGUCAGUGGGCCCGUCAGGAAGUAGAUGGCUGUGCGAGGUAUGGUUGAAUGAGAUGAUAUGGAAUAAGAUGGGAUGAGAUGAGAUGGAAGGAAGUAAGGAAAGGGUGGGAGUGUACAUGGGGUGUACGGCGAGUGUCUAAUCCGUCGGAGAGAAGAGCGCGCGAGCUUGUACUACUAUUACAGUGAACGAG